GUGGCUCGUGUUGUGGUUUGCGGCACUUUGCGGAGAAAUCAUCUCUCGGUCUCGAUUUUCGCAAUCUUUCGCCGGCAGCUAAUUGAUUGCCGAGAGAUUGCGGAUUUCUCUUCACAGCAGUAUUGUUUUGACAGAGGACUUCUUUGCAGCUGCGAGCAAAUCGAUCUCUUGAGAUGACCUGCUUGGACUGAUUUUCUUUACCUCUCUGUUUACAUAACAACGAACAUGGCGAACGAGGUCAAAGGACGGUUUGGACCCCUGGUCGGCGCCAUCGACCAAGGCACCAGCAGCACACGCUUUAUGGUUUUCGCCGCACGCACAAGCGAACUGAUCACCUUCCACCAAAUCCCGCUGAAGCCAAAACUGCCCCGUGAAGGUUGGGUGGAGCAAGACCCCAAAGAGCUGCUCUCGGCCGUGAAAGAGUGUAUUGCUAAAACCGUCGACAACCUGAACAAACUGGAGAUCAACAUUUCCGACAUCGUGGCCACCGGCGUGACAAACCAGCGCGAGACCACUGUUGUGUGGGAUUCCACCACCGGAGAGCCGCUUUACAACACCAUCGUUUGGAAUGAUGCUCGCACUACCAUAACUGUUGACCAGAUGAUCGCCAAAGCGCCUGGCCACAGUGCUGACUACCUCAAACCACUUUGUGGACUGCCUAUCAGUACUUACUUUAGCGCCUUGAAACUCCGUUGGUUGUUGGACAAUGUGACCUCUGUUCGGAAGGCUGUCGACGAAAAACGCUGUCUCUUUGGCAACGUUGACAGUUGGCUUAUUUGGAACCUUACUGGAGGCAAGGAUGGUGGACUUCAUAUCACCGACGUGACCAAUGCUUCGAGAACCAUGCUCAUGAACAUUCAAACUCUUCAGUGGGAUGCUAGCAUUUGCAAGUUUUUCAACAUUCCCAUGGAAAUCCUGCCUCAAAUCCGUAGCUCCUCUGAAAUAUACGGCUUUCUAAGAGACGGCCCUCUGAAGGGUCUGCCAAUUUCAGGGUGCCUUGGUGACCAGCAAGCGGCUUUGGUGGGUCAGUUGUGUUUCAAGCAGGGCCAGGCCAAGAACACCUACGGGACAGGCUGCUUUUUGCUCUACAACACCGGCACCACCAUUGUGCAGUCGCAGCACGGCUUGUUGACUACCGUCGGCUACAAGUUGGGCCCCAAAGCCCCGGCUAUUUACGCCUUGGAGGGAUCAGUGGCUGUUGCCGGCGCCAGUACAGCUUGGCUCAGGGACAACAUGGGGAUACUGCCAGACGUCUCUGAAACUGAGAAACUGGCGUCCGAGGUCAAGGACACCGCCGAUGUGUAUUUCGUGCCAGCCUUCUCUGGACUUUUUGCCCCUUAUUGGAGGAAGGAUGCAAGAGGAGCCUUGUGCGGCCUUACACACUACACCCGUAAAGGUCACAUUGUUAGAGCAGCUCUGGAGGCCAUUUGCUUCCAGACCCGUGACAUUCUCGAAGCCAUGAACAAAGAUAGUGGGUUUCCGCUGACAAAACUCCAAGUCGACGGAGGAAUGACCACCAACAACCUGCUCAUGCAGCUCCAGGCAGAUCUUGUUGGAAUCAAUGUUGUUCGUCCAUCGAUGGCUGAGACGACAGCACUUGGUGCAGCCAUGGCUGCCGGAGCAGCCGAGGGAAUCGGAGUUUGGGACCUGGAGAGGGAGUGUCCUGAGUCUGUGAUUAGUGACACCUUCCAUCCGUCAAUUACUGAGGAUGAGCGUGACAUUCGCUAUGCCAAAUGGAAAAUGGCCAUUGAGCGGAGCCUCGGCUGGCACCAGGAACAGCCCAAGACUAUGCCAGAUGAGCGCUACAGACUUCUUGCAUCUGUUCCUGGAUCAUUAUUUGUUUUUGCGAGUUUUUUAUCAUUAGUCAUAGCAAAGUAUCUCUCAAAGCCAAGUUAGUUUUAGUGGAUUCGUUGACGCUUCCAGCCCAGCAGUUGUCUGAAUUUUAUAGGCUCAGUUUAAAAACAAAAAGUCAAAAUGAAUAAGCCAGUACUUAAAAAAUGGUUGAAGUUACCAAAGUGAUUUGCCAUGUAGGUGUCCAACUAUACUGCGAUUCUUUUAAACGAGCCCUUUUAUUAUGUGAUUGCAUUUUAAACAUGUUUUAAUUCUUGUUCCUCCACAAAAGUUGUGGCUUGACUCUAAUGAAAUAAAAAAUUAUAAA